AUCUCAAUGGAAUAUCCUCCAACAGCGCACUCACCCAACGUAUAUGAAGCGGUGGAUCAUCGACACUACCACCCCGAUGAUGAUGAUGCAGUCGCGUUCAGUUCAGCGGAUGUAGGCGACUUUUUGUCACACAAUGCCCGGGAUGAAGACCCCGUCGAUCCGGAUCUCGAUCUUGAUCUCUACUCGCUUGCAACGCACACAUCCAGUGUUCGGUGGAGCUCGGAUUCCCCACUAAGGGCUCCAUCUGCCGACGGACCCGGUCCCACGGUCUCUACUGAGCUACACGUAGAGUCAGAUUUGUUGAAUACAACCAAUUGUAGUGAAGAUACUCGCGAGACAGUCUUAACGGAAUCACCCAACACUGCUCAGGAGUCGCAAUCUCCGUAUUUAGCGCCCGAUCCUGCAACAUCACCGUGA